AUGGAACCCAAUUCAGUUGUAUACAUAAGCUUUGGUGAUCUCGCGGUCAUGACCCCGCGACAACUAUGUGAGUUUGCCUUGGGCAUUUGCAAUAGCAACCAGCCAUUUCUUUGGAUGAUUACACCAGAUUUCGCCAAGGGCCAAUUGGCGACUCUGCCACUUGAAUUUUUGGAAAAGACUAAAGAAAGGGGUCUGAUAGCCACAUGGUGCCCCCAGGAGCAAGUUCUUGCCCACCCUUCAGUGGGAGUGUUCGUGAGUCAUUUUGGGACUAGCUCAAUGCUUGAGAGCAUUUGUGCUGGAGUGCCUAUGAUCGGUUGGCCGUAUUUUGGUCAUGACCAUCAAGUGACCUGCCGGUACAGCUGUAACCAAUGGAGUAUCGGGAUGAAGAUCAACGAGGAUAUGGAGAGGGAAGAAGUGGAAAGCCUAGUUCGCUAGUUGAUGGAGGGAGACGAGGGUAAAGCGAUGAAGAGGAAGGCGAUGGAGUGGAAGAAACUUGUAGUUGAGGCCACCAGUAAAGGCAGGUCAUCCACGAAAAAUUUCAACAACCUUUUGAAAGCAUUAUCAAGAUCACAAAACUUCAUGGGUCAUCAGAUUCUCAGCUCUUUAUAAUAAGUUUGGUAGGUUAAGUUAGUGAAUGUUAUGGUUCUUUUCUUUUCCUGUCUUGCUAUGAACUGCUCAAUUAGGUUGGUCUCCAGGGAAUUA